AUGCUCGCCAGUCGAGCCCCUUCAAGCUUUGAGCCUGAUGUUGAACAAAUAGUGCCUAUGUUCACAUCUAUUGUCGACGCGGAGUACUUGCAGGUGAUCGUUACUUGUCUCUUGGUCUAUGACAUCCUCAUAACACUAGAUAAGGAAGCCAAGUAUUUCUGGAAACGUUCCAUGAACUCCGUUCAUAUUAUAUUCUUUGCGAAUCGAUAUAUCGGGUUGGUAACUGCGAUUUUGGGUCUUGCUACGUUCACAUUCCAUGUGAAUCACGCCAUGUGUACGACAAUCGCCUGGGUCUGUGGUCUCGGUGACUGGAUAAUUAUUAUGUCGAUCGAUUAUAUUCUUAUUUUGCGUGUCCUUGCGCUCUAUAUGCACAAUCGUGCUCUAUCUUAUAUUCUCAAGUCAAUUUUUAUACUCGAGUCAGCGGCUACUCUUGCUGCAGUUAUUGCUAAGAACGUUUAUGCAGAAUUGGCUAUUGGUAUACUGGAUGAUAAACACACGCUGUGCGGAGACUUCAGAAUCUUACCUAAGUCUCUGCCAAUGAUAAACGGACUCCUAUUGAUGUUCCUAGCUCUCUACAAGGCUUCACAAUAUUGGAGGGAUUCCGCGAGCAUCAAAGGCCUUGGACUUGUCAAAGUUCUCAUUUUAGAUCAGGCUAUUUAUUUCCUUUUAACGAUAUUCAGCCUCCUGUCACUGAUUAUCUCGAGCCAAUACCUUGGUCCGAAUCCCGUGGUCGGCCUUGUCCUCAGCGAGCUGGGAAGCCCUAUACUACUGUGCAUUCUUGGUAGCCGCCUCUUGUUUAAUCUGAAGGAAGCCGGAGAACGUGGACAAAACAUGGGAACAAGCUACAAGGUACCGACUCUAAGCGACAUCGAAUUCUCUUGA